UUCCGUAGGGCGCAGGGCAUCUUGGGUAAGAUCGUCAAAGCGGCGGGAGAGCGAACAACAUCAUAUUACAAACAUUUUUGUCUUUAAAAAAAGAGCGCUUUCCCGUUCGUAGUAUGCGAUUGAAUUGCGUAUAUUCUGUCGUGUAAAAACAAAACUCUUUCGUUUUUUAAAAUCCAUUCGACGUGUGGGUUUGCCGGACAGUGAAGUGAACUCUUUGGAAUUGCCGGGAAAAGGUCUUUGAAGCGCCAGUUUUAGUGCUUAGCAGUACCGUGCUAACACUAGCACAAGCCAGGCACCUACGACCAUGGCGAAGGUACAAGUGCUAAAUGUGGCCGUUCUGGAUAACCCGAGCCCAUUUGGGAACCCCUUCCAGUUCGAAAUCACGUUUGAGUGCAUGGAAGACCUGCCCGAAGACUUGGAGUGGAAGAUCAUAUAUGUGGGCUCAGCAGAGAGCGAAGAGUAUGACCAAGUCUUGGACUCCGUCCUAGUCGGACCAGUACCUGCUGGACGACAUAUGUUUGUGUUCCAGGCAGAUGCGCCAAACACGGGCCUGAUCCCCGAGAGUGACGCUGUGGGCGUCACCGUCGUGCUGAUCACAUGCACGUACCGAGGCCAGGAGUUCAUCCGGAUCGGUUACUAUGUCAACAACGAGUACACGGACCAGGAGCUCCGCGAGAAUCCUCCCAUCAAACCAGACUACGCACAGCUCCAGAGAAACAUCCUGGCAUCGAACCCGCGCGUCACCAGGUUCCACAUCAACUGGGAAGGCUGUGCCGAACGGAUGGAGGACUCUGAGAACGUAGACCCGUCUUCCAACUCCAUGCUCCCGCCGUCCUGUCUUCCUGGCAAAGCCGCGCCCUUGGGAAUACUACCAGAGAACUCAAUGGACUGCUUAUAGUCAUGUCCCUUUUCUUUUCUUUACUUUUCUUUGUGAAGUGGGGGGAAUUGCGUGGUCGUAAUGUACAGACUCUUUUUGCCUUAUAACUGCUCUUCUUCUUCAAACGCUUCAAAAAAAGUGUGAUGCCAUUCUACAGAAUUGGCUGUGGUUCAACUUCUUCGCUUCCCGCCACUCACACAAAUACACGCACCAGAUUUGUACCGUGUUAAUAACAUUACAGCACUGAAAUUGCAUAUAAAUGGCAAUAUUUGCUGUGCAAAUUGACAAUUAACACUGGUGGGAAAAUAAGUCACUUAGUCCAUGUUUUUUUUCCUAAUUUGUGUGCUAUUUUGUGUUCCAAAUAAAAAUAUGUAUUUGU